CUGGACCCCGAGGUGGCUCCGCUGUGGUGUUGCGGCUCCUCGUCCGCGGCGGAUCCGGAGAUCGGAGUGUCUGCGGCGGCAGGAGGCGGCACCGGGACCCCGGCAGCACCGCAGGGUCCUAAGAGCGCUCGGGUGAAGAGGAUGGUGCGGCUGGCCGCGGAGCUUCUGUUGCUGCUGGGACUCUUGAUAUUGACUCUACACAUCACUGUGUUGCGGAGCAGUCCGCUUCAACAGGGCAAUGACACUGUGAGCUCAGUGAAGGACUCACAAGUGGAGAAGAAUAAUGUCAAUGCAGAAAGCAGUUCUGGGACCAGACAGUCCAGGGUGGCUCACAGUUCAGCAUCUCAGCCAUGGGUACAGAGUCAUGUAACGGGAGGCAGCUUGCAGAGAGACGGCCCGGGAGCUUUUCUGCUGGACCUGCAGAACUUUCCUGAUCUUUCCAAAGCUGACAUAAAUAAACAGAACCCUAAUAUACAGGUUACCAUAGAAGUGGUGGACAGUCUGGAAGGUUCAGAGUCAGAAAAAGGAAUGCGUAAAGAAAACAAACCAGGCUGGGCAGCCACGAACUGGAGGAACUGGUGGCAACGUUCUUCUUCCUCAUCCUCCGCGUCUACCCCGAAGGGGCCGGACGAACAGGAUUACCCCUAUGAGAGCAAAACAGAAGACAGCAACUUCCUCAAGCCGCUUGGAGACUGGGAACGGAGAGGAGCUGCCGGCACAGGGAGCAGAACCCCCCAGACAGAAUAUGACUACAUAGAUGGGGACGGUGACUGGAGUGGUUGGUCGCCGUGCAGUGUAACCUGUGGAAAUGGUAACCAGAAGCGGACCCGGUCGUGUGGAUAUGCCUGCACCGCCACGGAGUCGCGGACGUGUGACAUGCCCAGAUGUCCAGGGAUUGAAGAUGCCUUCAAGACAGCUGCGACAGAAGUCAGUCUGCUGGCCGGCACAGAGGAGUUUAAUGCAACAGAGCUCUUUGGAGUGGAUACCGACAGUUGCGAGCGCUGGAUGAAUUGCAAGAGCGAGUUCCUCAAAAAAUACAUGAGCAAAGUAGCCACCGACCUACCCAGCUGCCCCUGCUUUUACCCAACCGAGGUGGCCUACAGUACAGCAGACGUCCACGAUGCCAUCACGAAACGUAACUUCCGUUGGAAGGAUGCCAGCGGCCCGAAGGAGAAACUGGAGAUCUACAAACCCACCGCGCGCUACUGCAUCCGCUCCAUGCUCACGUUGGAAUCCACCACGCUGGCCGCUCAGCACUGCUGCUAUGAUGACAGCAUGAAGCUCAUCACCCGUGGCAAAGGAGCCGGAACGCCAAACCUCAUCAGCACGGAGUUCUCUGCUGACCUGCACUACAAGGUGGACAUCCUGCCGUGGAUCAUCUGCAAGGGUGACUGGAGUCGCUACAACCAGGCUCGACCUCCAAAUAAUGGCCAAAAAUGUGCAGAGAACCCCCAGGAUGAGGACUACUACAAACAGUUUGAAGAGGCCAGAGAGUUCUGAGUCGAGGAUGUUGGACAUACUGUGAAACUUUUGAACUUGUAAGGAUUGAGCAGAACAAAGUAUUACUGCACACAAUGUGGAAAACUGUGGCUGUGUGUUUGGACUUUUAACACAGCGGAGCUAAAUCUCUGGCUCUUGACAUAGUUUGAAAGUGAAAAAAUAAUAACACCCAAGAUAAUAACCACGUAACUCUUCAUGGUUCUCUUUGUAUAACAUCUAUAUGAGCUGGGUUAUUUGGCAUCUGCCUAAUUUUGCUAUGAGGAAUUAAAGGGAAAAUAUAUUUUAUAAAGGGAAACCAAUGCAGGAAUCACCAUUUAACCUCCACUUUACAAAAAGCAAAAACAAUCAACGAGUUUUCAUGUGUUUUUGCAUGCUUGUAUUAUUCCCAACAUGUGGUCGGUAACCCUCUCUUCUCAGGAUCUUUGGAUAGCUAUUGGGUAUUAUUACUAUAUUGGUUAAUGUGCAGGUUCCCAUGUACCCAAGCAUACAUAUCUAGCUGGUAUGAACAGAAUUCAUACAUUAUAUAAUGUCCUGUUGUAUCCCUUAAAGUUUUUGGUGACAAACAGUGAAGUCGAUCCCUGCAUUAUCUUUACAAAGUAUUUAUUGAGUCAUAGUUAUGUGUCAGUGGUAGAGAUUUAUAAAGAGAAUUUGUGCAUAGAGAUGUAUGGACACAUUUUGAGUGAUAAAUAAAUAAAUAGGUCACAUUAAA